UAUUCUUCUCUUCGGAACUACCCACCAUCACCACCGGCAUGGAAGGCCUUGAGAUGGAGGCCUCCCUCGGAUUCUCCUCCGACGACUCCAACGAUGACUUCUGCAACUCCAUUCUCUCUCGCUUCUGCGACUCCACCAGCGAAGAUCACCAGCACCUCUGCGCCGUCAUUGGAGCCAUGGCCCAGGAGCUCAGAGACCAGGCCCUUCCUUGCACUCCACUUGCCUACUUCGGCGCCACCUGUUCGUCUCUCGACCGAAUCUCCUCCGAGCCUGACCCGCCGCCCCACCUUCUCGAUGCUCUUCUCACCAUUCUGUCUCUGCUUCUCCCUCGAGUUUCCCCUCCGAUUUUGAAUAAGAAGAAGGAGUUUCUAUCGGACCUCCUUAUUCGCGUUCUUCGCAUUCCGUCCUUGACCCCUGGCGCGGCUACUUCCGGACUGAAGUGUGUUUCGCAUUUCUUGAUUGUUAGAAAUUCUGUCAACUGGUCGGAUGUGUCCAACAUGUUCGGUUUCAUUCUCGGGUUCGUAAUUGAUUCGCGCUCUAAGGUUAGAAGGCAGUCGCACACUUGUCUUCGCGAUGUCUUGUUAAAAAUUCAGGGGACAGCCCUCCUCCCAUCUGCUAGCGAAGCGAUCACCAACGUUCUUGAAAAAUCACUUUUGCUUGCUGGUGGAUCAAACACGAAAGCUACUGAAGGACCUAAAGGAGCCCAGGAGGUUCUAUUUAUUCUGGAGGCUUUGAGAGAUUGUCUACCACUCAUGUCAAUGAAGUAUAUUACUAACGUACUUAAAUACUACAAAACUCUUUUGGAACUGCACCAACCCGUCGUUACAAGGCGAAUUACAGAUAGUUUGAACUCACUCUGUCUCCACCCAACUGUUGAUGUUUCUGCUGAAGUACUACUCGAUCUGUUAUGCUCGAUGGCAUUAUCUUUCUCGACAAGUGAAACAUCUGCAGAUGGCCUAGCUUUCACAGCUCGUUUGCUCAAUGUUGGGAUGCAGAAAGUUUAUUCUGUUAAUAGGCAGAUUUGUGUGGAUAAACUCCCUGUUGCAUUCAGUGCACUCAAAGAUAUUAUGCUAUCUGAACAUGAGGAGGCAAUCCGUGCCGCACAGGAUGCUAUGAAAAAUCUGAUAUGUGCUUGCAUUGAUGAAGACUCGAUCAGACAGGGUGUGGAUCAGAUUAUGACGACUGCAAACAUGGAGGCAAGGAGGUCUGCGCCAACAGUCAUAGAAAAACUAUGUGCUAUUAUAGAAAGUUUGCUUGAUUAUCAUUACACUGAUGUUUUGGACUUGGCUUUUCAAGUUGUUUCAGUCAUGUUUGAUAAAUUAGGGAAAUAUUCUUCUUACUUUCUGAAAGGAGCCCUUGGUAGCUUGGCAAACAUGCAGAAAUUGCCAGAUGAAGAUUUCCCCUUCCGGAAAGAGCUGCAUGCAUGCCUUGGAUCAGCUCUUGGUGCAAUGGGACCUCAAAGUUUCUUGGAUCUUAUACCUUUUAAUUUGGAUGCGGAAAACUUAUCAGAGAUUAAUGUUUGGCUCUUUCCAAUAUUGAAGCAAUAUACUGUUGGUGCUCAUUUGAGCUACUUCACGAAGAAAAUUUUGGGUAUGGUAGGAGAAAUCAAGCGUAAGUCACAAAAGCUUGAGCAACAGGGCAUGAUUGUUUCAUUGAGGAGUAUGGACUCACUUGUUUACUCCUUUUGGUCCUUGCUGCCGUCAUUUUGCAACUAUCCCUUGGAUACUGCUGAAAGCUUUAAGGAUCUUGAAAAAGCUUUGUGCGUUGCUCUUAAUGAGGAACCUGAUUUUCGAGGCAUAAUAUGUUCAAGUCUGCAGAUUCUUAUCCAACAGAAUAAGAGAGUGCUGGAAGGAAAGAAUGAUGAGUCUGAUCUUGAAGGGGGUAUGGCCAGACAGCUUGCUAUGUCUCAUUAUACCCCACAGGUGGCAAAAAAUAACCUGACUGUACUUAAGUCCUCUUCUCGUGAGUUUUUGUCAGCUUUGUCAGGCAUCUUUCUCAAAUCCACAAAAGAUGGUGGCUGCUUGCAGUCCACAAUUGGAGAAAUUUCUUCAAUAUCAGAUAAAAACGUAGUGUCAAGGUUCUUCCAGAGCACAAUGCAGAAGCUUUUGAAGCUGACGCAGGAAGCUAGAAAAGUAGAACUAAAAGUUUCCAAUUCCAUGCAGAUUGAUGAUCCCACGAAUGCUAGUUCUCCAUCUUUUAUGAGAGCCCAAAUGUUUGACUUGGCAGUAUCUUUUUUGCCUGGACUGAAUCCUAAAGAGAUUGAUGUUUUAUUCGUUGCAGUAAAAUCUGCAUUAAAGGAACAGGACUGUGAAGGUUUGAUACAGAAGAAGGCAUAUAAAGUUCUCUCAUCUAUUCUGAGGAACUCUGAUGAUUUCCUUUCCUCAAAGUUCGAAGAAUUGCUUUCACUUAUGAUUGAAGUAUUGCCUUUAUGCCAUUUUUCUGCCAAACGUCACAGACUCGAUUGCCUAUACUUUCUAAUUGUCCAAGUUUCAAAGGAGGAUUCAGGAUCCAAGCGGCAUGACAUCAUUGGUUCAUUUUUGACUGAAAUAAUACUUGCACUCAAAGAGGCUAACAAAAAAACGAGAAACAGAGCUUAUGAUAUUCUUGUUCAGAUUGGUCAUGCGUGUAUGGACGAAGACAAAGGUGGAAAGAUGGAAUAUUUGUAUCAGCUUUUCAAUAUGGUAGCUGGAGGUCUUGGUGGUGAAACUCCUCAUAUGAUCAGUGCUGCAAUGAAAGGCUUAGCUCGCUUGGCUUAUGAGUUCUCUGAUCUUGUUUCAGCAGCUUGCAAUUUGCUGCCAUCUACUUUUUUGCUUCUCCAAAGAAAGAACAGAGAAAUAAUCAAAGCCAAUUUAGGAUUUUUAAAGGUUUUGGUGGCCAAAUCGAAAGCUGAAGUGUUGCACAUGCACUUAACCAAUUUGGUGGAAGGUUUGCUGAAGUGGCAAGAUGGCCCCAAAAAUCACUUUAAAGCUAAAGUUAAGCAGUUGCUUGAUAUGCUUGUCAGAAAAUGUGGCCUGGAUGCGGUUAAGGUCGUCAUGCCUGAAGAACACAUGAAACUUCUUACCAACAUAAGGAAGAUCAGGGAACGGAAAGAAAAGAAGCUUAAAUCCGAGGGGGCUAGAUCUCUUGUGUCAAAAGCAACAACAUCCAGGAUGAGUAAAUGGAAUCAUACAAGAAUUUUCUCGGAGUUCAGUGAUGACGAGACCGAAGAUAGUGGUGGGGAGUACUUGGGGGGAAGUGAUUCAGAACAUGUGGCUGCUAGAAUGAGUCGUCCAUCAAAGGCUGCUUCUUCACAGCUAAGAUCAAAGGUGUCUAAAUCACGCCCCAAGAGUCGGUCGAAGAUGAACUUACUCGAACGCUUGCCCGACCAAUUGGAAGAUGAGCCUCUUGACUUGCUUGAUCAACAAAGAACAAGACACGCUCUUCAAUCAUCAGUGCAUCUCAAGCGGAAGAUGGUUUCAGAUGGCGAGAUGAAGAUAGACGAAAAAGGGCGCUUAAUAAUCACUGAUGACGACGAGACAAUGAACAAGAGAAAACCUUCCAACCCCGAUUUAGAUGAAAGGAGUGAAGUUGGAAGCCACUUGUCUCAUGGUUCAUCAAAGAAGAAUCAAAAGCGCAGGAGAACAUCGGACUCCGGGUGGGCUUACACAGGUACCGAGUAUGCUAGCAAGAAAGCUGGCGGAGACGUUAAGAGGAAGGACAAACUCGAACCUUAUGCAUACUGGCCUCUCGACCGGAAGAUGAUGAGCCGUAGACCGGAGCAUCGGGCAGCUGCGAGAAAAGGGAUGGUUAGUGUGGUGAAUAUGACGAAGAAACUUGAAGGCAAGAGCGCGUCUAGUAUUCUUGCGAGUAAAGGAUCAAAGAUUAGGAAGGGUCAGAAAAAAGGUGGCAAGAAAAAGGGCAAAUAGAAAGAAAAGAAAACCUGAGGAUAUAUUUUAGUGGAAAAUCGUAACAAUUUUUUGAUCUGAGUUGGUGUAUAUUUUUUUCCCAGUUGGAGGUAAGCUGUAUAUCACAGGUGAUUGUGAAGGAGAGGUUCAUUUUUAA